AUGCUCAUGAGCAGAGCCACCGACCGCGACGACAUGAUUGCGAGUCCCUACCACGACGACGAGGACGAGGACGCGCAACAACAGCUCUUGAUCGGAAGGGCCUACCUCAAGCCACUUGUGGAUUUGGGGCUGAGUGACGCCUUGGACGGCAACUCCGCUGGGAUUACCGGCGAGCUCCACCGUGCCCCGAUGCAGUACUGGAGACGUCGGGGUCCGAGCACAUAG